GUGAGGGAGGGGACCCAGGGAUAGUUGUCUUCUGCUGCUCUCCGGUGCUUUCGCUCUUCCGAGAGUCCAGUGUGUUUCGCCACCCGAGGAACCCGCGUGCUCCACGUAAUAUCAGCGCGAAGUAAUUCGAAGACAAAUUGGUUGAGGCGUCAAUAAAAGGCAUCAUGCAGAAGGCCAAACUCGUGAACAAACAGUUCAACUCUCCUAUCAAUUUAUACUCGCCACAAGCGAUACAGGAGACUCUGGAUAAACAGACCCAGGUGUUGGCCAACGGUGCAGUCGGGAUCGACUUCAGCCAGUUGGCCAAGCCAGCAAACCUGCAGAACAGUGCUGUUCUACGUAUGCUCGAGGAAGAAGAAGCAAGACAGCGCGGUGGUCAACCCAAUCUCAAACGAGUGACUUGGCCACCGCCUCCAGAGGAUCAAGACUUCGACUACGUGGAGCAAGCUCCCGUCCAAGCGAAGACCCGUGGAUACGGUGAUCUCGGCUCGUACCAGAGCAGUCCCUCGUCAGGUCCGUCACCCCAACCGCCCUCGACGGUCGCACGGUCGUCGACGCAGAGCGCCGUUCUGUCGUCCCCGUCGCCGGUCAGUCCUGGCGGCACCCUCCUGCGACAGCCCUCGCACUUCCAACAGCAACCGGCCAAGGGUUGGGCACCGGUGACACCCCCGGCGACCUCACCGCUGUUGCAGCAACAUCCCCCGUUCCCGGGCCAGCAGCAGCAGAAACAGCAACAGCAGGUCCCGCUUCGGCAGCAACACCCCCAGGAUCCCUACGACCGGGCACCGCAGAGGCAGCAGCAGACUCAACCCAGCUACCACCCGUCCAUCCCUGCGGCGUUCGAGGCACCACCCUCCAUUAUCGUUCUUCGUCCUGAGCCGCCCAUCUCGCAGGCACCGGCACCAGUGUACCAAGCUCAACCUGCAGCGACCAAAGCUCCGGCAACAGGCAACAUGCGAGGGGACCUAAAGUGGCCGCCGGCGUCUGUGAAGGCCCAGGUCGAGGCGGAGAACCGCGCCAGGAUGGAACUCGCAAGGGGCCCUGCUGUCAGGCCGCGCCGAGUGCGCAAGGACUACAGCGGCUUCUUCGCGCAGCACGCACUCAACAGCACCUAUCCAGGCUACCGAGCACCACCGGGCACCCAGUACUUCACCCCGGCUUAUCAUCAUUAGCGAAUAUUCCAUCUCAAGCAACAAGCAUUAAGGCAUCGUCCUGAGUUUCUCGCACGAACGGGUGAUGCAAUCGCGGAUCAUCGCUUGCGAGUGUGUCGAGGUCACUGAGAUGCUCAGGACGUUGUACGUGGACUGAGAGAUCUGCGAAGGACCGGAGAAGUGCGUGGAGAACGACUCGCAAAAUUGUGCCUUCAUAAAAAAAUUAGAAACACUCACGAUGCCACUUAGAAAAGAAAUUUGCGUCGCGAAGUUCCGCCUCAUGGUGCGACUUCCUCUUUUUAGCUGGACCACAGAUCUGUGCACGAUUUACGAGACCGUGCGGUCGCUCUUUCAGAAUGUGGUCCACCGUGCUCGAACGUGGAGACGUUUCGCGUGCUCCAUGCGCUUCUCGGAUCUCUAGAGACUUCCGAACGGACUUCGAACUUUAACAAACCUGUGUACACAGAGACUGAACACGAUUGCUUUUCAUCAAUAGCGUAAAUUGAUUAUUAAUAAUGGAGAAAUCAAAUUUGUUUUAUGAUAUUCGAUUUAUAUUGUCUGGACAUCAUCAUUCAGAAGUUCCCAUACUUAUCCGUUCUGUUUUCUUGAUCUACGCAGUGAAAUAUAUUUUUAAAUAUUUAUUUUGCAAAAAGACGGAAGGUUUUUUAAGAAAAUAUUUCUUCCGCCUGCUUCGAUUCUUCCUUAAUUUCUCUAGAAACUGAAAUUCUCUGACUUGUAAGAGCGCGUCAUAAGAGUUUGGGAAUUUCUGGUCUAUGUGAAUUCGAUGUUGUGAUAGAGAAUUAACGUUGCGAACAAUGCAGGUUUACAAAACUAACGCUUGCCGUACAAAUCGUAAGUGGUGGACACAAGCAGUUGCUAAGAGAUUUCGAGUGAUAAUGGCAGAUUGUAAUUUUAUCGCGGAGGCGAUGACGAUAUGGGGAUGUAACGAUACAAAUUCCCGAAAUAAACGACCGAAAAUGACAAGAAGAAUAUAACGGUCUGCCCGUUAACUUUAACUGACGAAUAAUUUUUAAUAAUGUAACAUAUCGAUGUGAGUAAAUAAAUAUCUUUAUCGAUUUA